CAGCCAAUCGCAGGGCACACAGUGACAAACAACCAUCUGCACCCGCACUCACACCUACAGGCAGUUUGGAGUGCUCAAUCGGCCUACCAGGCCUACCAAGCAUGGUUUUCGGAUGUGGGAGGAAGCCCACGCAGGCGAAAACAUGCGAUCAAAGGAGGAAACUAGUCAAGCCAGUCGAGUAUCAUUGCCCGGUCAAACAUGAGAUUGGAUGGGACCAGCCCCAACCAACACGCCAACAUCAAAGCAUGAGCUGACAUUGAGACCUUGAGACAUGUAGACAGGCGCCAUCCUCCAGCUCCUUCGCUAUGUCCAUCAGCGUGAACGUGAGGAAGGUGUCCAACCUUCCCGGAGGAUCCCUGCGAAGAGUGGAGCUCUCCUUUAGAGGAUUCACCCAGAAGAGCCGAGUGAUGCACAGUGAUGGUGUGGCUGUCUUCAAUGAACAUUUCCGCUGGCCUCACUAUGGUAAAGUCAUCCGACAUGAAGUGUUGACCAUCAGAGUUUACAACUUCAGUAAAGUCUUUUCCAAUAGACUGCUGGGCAAGCUGGUUGUGGGCCUCCAGCACAUUGUUACAUCAGGGAGGCUGUUGCUACAGGAACCACUCACGGAUGGCAACCAUCUCCUGACUGAUAUCUAUGUGGAGUUGGACGUGCACUACAAUCCUGUGGAGGGCGCCGCAGGAGGCUGGGAGGGACAGGAUUUCAUCAGCGUGGGCGACCAAGCUGAAUUGUCGCUGGGCUUCGUCAACGAAGCCUUUGAGGAUGAAGAGAGAGCGGGCCCUCGGCUGUUGAGUCGUCCGGAGAGGGAGCUGGAGAGGGAGGCUCGGCAUCUGGGACGCAAGCUCAUCGUGGUGCAGGGCGGCCUGGAUGAUGAGGACGACCUACAUGACUACGACGACUAUGACGAAGACGAGCUGCUGGAGACGGAGGCGUGCGACAUCAUCUUCGCUCCCUUGAUGAGUCGUUCCAGGCCACUGUCAAGACGUGUCGCCGCAGCCAUACCAAAAGCUCAAAGCUUCCAGGUGAACGUCAACAUCCUGGAAGCUCAGAAACUGGCGGGCGUUAACAUCAACCCAGUCGUGUUGAUCCGGGUGGGGCAGCAGAAGAAACACACGGCCACGCAAAAGUCCACCAACUUUCCCUUUUACAACGAGAACUUUCAGUUUGAGUUCCACGAGACUCCACACGUUCUCUUUGACAAGGUCAUCGAGAUCAAGGUAUACCACCGCCGCAUGCUGGCCUUCCUCAUGAGCCACGUGGGAAGCUUCAAAAUGGACAUCGCCACCGUCUUCCAGCAGCCAGAGCACCGCUUCUACCAGAAAUGGGCUCCGCUCAGCGACCCGGCCGACACCCGAUCGGGGGCCAAGGGCUACGUGAAGGCCACCCUCAGCGUCCUGAUGAAGGGCGAGGCUCUGAGUGCCCCAAGCCUGCCGCCUGACAUGCCCAACACCAACCAGGACAUUGACAAGAAUCUGAUGCUUCCUCGCGGGAUGCCUUCCGAGCGCCCGUGGGCUCGAUUCCUGCUGCGGGUCUACAUGGCGGAGGGUCUGCCCACCAUGGAUGCCGGCUUGAUGGGCCAAAUGUCCAAAGUCACGGAGCGAAUGGUCUUCAUUGACCCUUACGUCCAAGUCACCUUUGCUGGACAACAGGGGGAGACGUCUGUCGCUCGCGCCACCAGCUCUCCGCUUUGGAACGAAGAGAUCUCCUUCGUGGAGCAGUUUCCUCCUCUAGCCCAGCGGAUCAGAGUCCAGGUCCUUGACGACUCCAAGAUGGGGGACGUUGCUCUGGCCACUCACUUCCUGGACCUGCGGCAGAUUUCAGACCCCACAAGGAAUGGUUUCAAACCUACCUUUGGACCGUGCUGGGUCAAUCUUUACGGUUCUCCUCGGAACUCCACCCUCGGAGAUGUCCACCAGGCUUUGAACCAGGGCCUCGGAGAGGGAAUCUUCUACCGCGGGCGAAUCCUUUUGGCGCUCUGUGUAGAGAUUUACUCGUCGCCGUCCGCUGUCGCCCCCGACUCCAGCUCGGCUCCGUUAGCGAGGGUGAAAGGAACGCUGGGCCGGUUGGGAUUGAGGAAGACACAAGGCAGCAAGAAGGAGAAGAGCAAGGAAGGUGAGGAAGCUUCCAGCCGAUUGAGCGACGAGUCAGGCGGGGCAGGAGUGGAGGUGCCAGAGGCGGUGACUGUGGAUGUAGAGGAGAUUCACCCACUCCCUGAGGGUUUCCUCGGGGGGAAAGAAGACUUUCUACUCUUUGCAUCUUUGUUUGAGGUCACCAUGAUGGAUCCAUCAGUAGGCAGCAGGCCCGUGGUCUUUGAACUUUCCAUAGGAAAUUGGGGUAAGGCGAUUAAAGGCAGGCCAUCCAGGAAGAGCCAGAUUCAGGAAGAGGUGCAAGCAAGCCACCGAGAGCUGAGCCAAAGCCAGGAGGACGCCGGUGAGGAGGCGCAAGGGCUGCUGGAGUCCGAGGAGGAGCCGGACACCGAGGCGGUGCCGAGUCCCCAACACGAGAACAGAUCUGUGUCCGAACCCCUGAGGCCGCAGCCCACUGAGUACGACGGGUCGUUCCAGUGCAUCCCGCUGCAGGCCCCCUGGGAGAAACACAAGCCGUGUUUGUUUGUCUGGAGUCAGUUUGAAGACCACAGCUUUCGUCUGUACCAAAGCAACUGGCUCAGCAAGAUGGCGGACAGGCUGGAGAUCGGUCUGGACCAGGUGGAGCUUCUCGGGCGGAGGGCUCGCAGUGGCAUCAAGGAGCGCCUAGUGCAUGUGCUGCUGGAGCUGGUUACGUCCUGCAAGCAGUUCCGACUGUUCUCAGAUCGGCGUGCUCAGUUUCGUCCCAACAAUCUGGACACGUGCAGGAAAGACUUCAUCAGGAAAUAUUUGGUUCUGGUGGCCAGGCGGGCUACGAGGAUCAGGCACAGCAUAACCAGGCGAAGGCUCAAACAGCAAGUGACGGAUGUCAAAAAACUCUUGAGCAAACUUCGACAGCUGGCCCAAGAGCCCCAGAACACCAUCCCCGAUGUCUUCUUGUGGUUGCUGAGUGGAAGCAAACGUUUGGCCUACGUCAGGAUACCAGCUCGCUCCGUCAUCUUCUCGUUGGUGGAGGACCAGAGGGGGCGGGACUGCGGUCGGGUCACCACCCUCUACAUGAAGUCUCCGGGAGGUUCCACCAGUGAGAUUUUUGCCAAGCUAGAGGCGUACCUGUGGCUGGGUCAAGCCAAGUACAGCAAGGAGGCCAUUACCUCGCUCCCGGACGAGUUCCUGCCCGUUUACGAGGGGUCGCAGGAGGACCAGGAGGGGGGGGCAGCACUGGUCACCACGGGAACCAGGAGGAUGCCCGUCAAACUGCACUGCCAGGACAGCCGCUACUUCCAGCUGCGAUGUCACCUCUACCAAGCGCACGGCUUGAUGGCGGCCAACGACAACGGCCUUUCCGAUCCCUUCGCCAAGGUGCUCUUCUCCACGCAGUGUCAGAUGACCAAGGUGUCGUCCAACACGCUGUCCCCAGCGUGGUGCGAGUGUUUGCUGUUUGAGCGCGUCCUGCUGGAGGGCACGAUGGAGGACCUGGGGCACGACCCUCCUCUGGUCAUCAUCCACAUCUUGGACUACGACGCCGUGGGCGGCCCCAAGCUUCUGGGCCGAGCGUUCGCCGAGCCCGAGUUGAAACCGGCGGAGGCGCUCUACCGGAAGCCCCAUCUGCGCUUCUUUGACAUCAGCAUGGGGAGGGCGCCGGCCGGAGAGCUGCUGGCCGCCUUCGAGCUCAUCGAGCUGGACUACUCGUCUUUCGGCGAGCCGUCCCUCCCAGGCAGCGUGGACCCUCGGGAGCUGACCUACUGGCCAGAGCGGCGCUGCUACGACAUCCCGGAGGGGGUCAGGCCGCUCCUCAGGAGCUUCAAAAUUGAGGUGCUUUUCUGGGGCUUGCGCGAGCUGAAGCGUGUGCAGCUCUUUGAGGUGGAGCACCCCCUGGUGAAGUUGGAAUGCGCCGGACAGCAGCUGGAAUCCCAGGAGCUAGAGAGCUACAAGACCCACGCCAACUUCAGGGAGCCUGUGCGCUUCCUCCACGUGAAGCUGCCGGACCAGGCCUACCUCCACCCUCCUCUGAUGCUGUCUGUCGUGGAGCGCAGAGCGUUCGGACGGCAGGUCCUGAUCGGGACCCACGUGGUCCGAUGCCUCCUGGACUUCGCUCCGCCUGGGCUCUGGGACGAGCCGGAUGACGAAGAGGACGAGCCGAAACCCAAAGAGAAGAAGACAGCCCCGCUGAUGGCAAAGACCAGCGCACUGAAGUCACUGAAGAAGAUAAAGCUGGGCAACCUGUCAAUCAAAGAGUCUGUCAUUCCCAAUGCCGCCAUCAAGCUGAUCAACGGUCCUCUCAAGAAGCUGCUGAAGGCCGAGGAUGAGGAGCUGGAGGAGGACGUGCCGGAAAACCAGGAGCUGGACUGGUGGUCCAAGUACUACGCCUCCCUGGAAGAGCUGGACAGACAGGCUACUGAGGAGCUGAAGAAGAAGGAGGAGGAGGAGGAGGAACAAGAUCAAGGAACCGAGGGAGUAAACGAGAGAAAGGCAGAAGAAGCGGCGGUGCAGGUGGAGCCUCCCAAGCGCAAGAAGAUGGCCACGCUGAAGUUGUACGCCAGCGACUUGGAGGCGGAGUUCAGUCAGUUCCAGGACUGGCUGCAGACCUUCCCACUCCUCAAAGGCCGAGCCAUUGGCGAGGACGCCGACGAGGACCGGGACGAGCGUCUGACGGGAAAGUACAAGGGUUCCUUCCUGGUCUACCCGAUCGAUUCGGACGAGGAAGACGACGAGGUCGAGUGUCGGAUCGACAAAGGGAUCCCCCAAAACACGGCGCUCAAGGUGCUGGUCCGCGUCUACGUCGUCAAGGGCAGCAAUCUGGCUCCGGCCGAUCCCAACGGCAAAGCCGACCCGUACCUGGUGGUCUCCGUUGGCAAGCAGAGUCGAGACACCAGGGAGUGCUACAUCCCCAAACAACUCAACCCCGUCUUUGGAGAGGUCUUUGAAGUGACAGCGUGCUUCCCUCUGGAGACGGAGCUGCUGGUGAGGGUGAUGGACCACGACAUGGUGGGCACGGACGACGUGAUCGGGGAGACCCGGGUGGACCUGGAGAACCGAUUCUACAGCCGCCACCGCGCCACUUGCGGCCUGGCCCUCUACUACGACACCGAGGGUUACAACGCGUGGCGAGAUGCCAAGAAGCCCUCCGUCAUCCUGUCCGAGCUCUGUAAGAAUAACGGCAUUCCGCCCCCGGAAUAUAGACUCAUGGAGGUCAAAGUCCUCAACAAAAUCUUCAAGAUCCCAACCGAUGCCGUCCCCGAAGAUUUGCUAAAGAAGACGGCACCUUCGGCCGAGGAGGAGGCAGCGUUGGAGGAGCACGCAGCCGUCAGCGUGCUGCGACGUUGGGACCAGAUGAGCGAGUUUGUCCCAGGAGCGGUCGCACUGGUCCCUGAGCACGUGGAAAUCCGCUCACUCGUCAAGCACGACAAGCCCGGACUUCCGCAGGGCUACCUCCACAUGUGGGUGGACAUGUUCCCCACGGACGUUCCUGCACCGCCACCCGUGGACAUCAAGCCCCGAUUGCCCUUCCAGUACGAGCUGCGUGUGAUCAUCUGGAACACGGACGACGUCUUCCUGGAUGACAUCAACCCGUUCACCGGCGAAGCCUCGUCCGACAUCUAUGUCAAAGGUUGGAUUCGCGGCCUGGAAGGCGACAAGCAGGAGACGGACGUCCACUUCAACUCAUUGAGCGGGGAGGGGAACUUCAACUGGAGAUUUGUCUUCCGCUUUGACUACCUGCCCACCGAGAAAGAGGUGGUGUUCAAGCGCAAGGAGUCCUUCUUCUCUCUGGAGGACUCGGAGUUUCGCCAGCCGGCCAUCCUCACGCUUCAGAUUUGGGACUACGAUCACAUCUCGGCCAACGACUUCCUCGGCUCGUUGGAGCUGCGCCUGGAUGACAUGGUGCGCGGCGCCAAGUCGGCCGAAAAGUGCACUGUGCAGAUGGCCAAGGAGCGCGCCGGCCCGCGGGCCUCCAUCUUCCGCAGCAAGAAGUUGAAGGGCUGGUGGCCCCUCACCUGCCGCCAGACGCCCGACGACCUGCAACGCCAGGAGGCCAAGUUCCGCCAGAAGAAGAAAGGCGUCAAGACAGACGACGUCUGCUUCACCGACACCGAUGGAAGCGUCCACAUGCUCAUGGGCAAGGUGGAGGCAGAACUCCAGUUGGUAAUGUUGGAGCAUGCCGAGGCCAAUCCGGUCGGACAAGGCCGCAAGGAACCAGAACCUCUGGACAAACCAAACCGUCCGACCAUCACCUUCGAAUGGUUCCUCAACCCCAUCAAGACCUUUGUCUUCCUCAUCUGGAGGAAGUUCAAGAAGUUUAUCGUGGCCUUGAUGUUUCUGGCUGUGGUGGCGCUCUUCCUGGGCCUGCUGGUGUACACGCUGCCGCAACAAAUCACGCAGCGCCUCGUCACGGGAUGAACGGCGGCGGCGCUGGAGUCAAGUUUGACGUUUUGGCCAAGUGCAAGCCAAACCCAAGUCAACCUUUUGCAGACUUUUGGAAGUGCUGUUGGUGCACCGCGCAUGCUUGCUUCUGCUUGUCACGCAUUAAUUCCACGUUGCUUAAACAUGUGCUCACUCACCGGGCAGAGCCCCAACGUUUUGGACCAGAACCCACCCAAAGUCACUCAGGUAGAACGUGACCCCAGAAAUCCUACCUGCAUCUCAUACACAUUGUCUAAAGAGUUUUAUCUGAUGACUCCAUUCAUUGAUGUGACGAUCGCUUGAAUAGGCCUGCAAUUCUGUUUCUUCACCUUCUUUGUAAUAUUUCCCUGUUUUAGUUCAAAGUGACUCAUAGGACCUUUGACCUACUUUCUGAUUCAUUUUCAAUCUCAUUCAUUUUUUUAUUGGCAUACUUUUUCAUGGAUUUUGUAAAAUGCAUGGUUUUUAAAUGUAUCAGUCUCCCAACCAUAUUUAAUAUUUCAAUAUUAAUUUUAGUCCGUAAUUUACUUUUAAAAAGUGUAUUUUCAUUUUUUGUGUGGAGUGACUAA